UUAAAGCUUAUAGAUAACUAUUUUAUUCAAGUUUUUUUUAUAUCUAACUAUAAUUAGUAUUACUCAGCAAAAUCAUAAUAAAUUAACUUCAUUUAUUACGUAAUAGCACGAUAUCUAUUUAUUGAAAAACAAAUUUUACAAACUGUGUAAAGAUUUUAUUUUGUCUCACUUGGAAAAUGACGUCAAUUUUAAUAACUGGUUGCAAUCGCGGUCUUGGACUUGGAUUAGUUAAAGCUCUUAAUAAAUUACCACAACCACCCAAAAUUAUUGCAACUUGUCGCGAUAUUAAAAAAGCCGAGGAACUAAAGCAGAUAUCAAGUGAGCAUGGGAACGUACACAUCUUGGAGAUUGAUUUGGUAAAUAUGGAGCAGUAUGAAAUACUUGUUGGCAAAGUGGAUGCUAUUGUAAAAAACGAAGGUCUUAAUGUCUUAUUUAACAAUGCUGGUGUAGCUCCAAAGUCUACCAAAAUAAAUGUUGUUAAAGAAAAGGAUCUUAUAGAUACUUUUGUGUGUAAUACUGUCGUCCCCAUAAUGCUUACAAAAGCGUUUCUUCCUUUACUUAAACGAGCAUCGGAAUUCAACAGUUCAAGACCCAUGGGAAUUAAUCGUGCUGCUGUAAUUAAUAUGUCCUCAAUAUUAGGUUCUAUUGCUCAAAAUGAUAAUGGAGGUUUAUAUGCAUAUAGAACCUCUAAGACGGCGCUUAAUGCUGCGACAAAAUCUAUGAGCAUUGAUUUACAAAACGACAAAAUUUUAUGUGUUGCGUUGCACCCUGGUUGGGUUAGGACCAGUAUGGGAGGUAAAAAUGCACCACUGGAUGUUGAGACUAGUACUGAGGGUAUAGUCAAAACAAUUUUAAAUUUUAAUGAAAGAAAUAAUGGCGGAUUUUUCCAAUAUGAUGGCCAACAAUUGCCAUGGUAGUGCUACAAGCUAUUUGGAGACCUAAAAAACAUUUCGCGUAAAAGUAAACAUUGAAAUGUAUUUUUAAUUAUUUUUUUGUUUUAAUCGAAAUAAUUUUUUGUUUUCCAAAAAUAAAACUAUACUUUAACAAAAUAUUUUUUUUCGUUAUGAAUAAAU